AUGAAUCGUGGAACAUGUGAUAACGAGGACGACGACGAUGAUGAUGGUGGUGGUGGAAGUGUUGGUCGUGUGAUGCUGGUGGUGGUGGUUGAGGUUGUUAUGGGAAGGGUGGGAUGAAUAGGCCAGGGGCGAAUGGGAAUGAGGCGGCAAAUGGUGAGUGUGGAUGUUGUGGUGGUAACGGAAGAGUCUUUCUCCUCGCUGCGUAAGAGAACUGUUAAUGUUUCUAGAACUGUUAAUGCUUCUGUGGGGCUCUCCCGAGGGAUUGGUUACCCAAGCUCGUCUCUGAUCCCUGACAAAACACAUUAAGUGAACAUACGUACAUCGCCAUUAAAAUGUAACCAACUUUUGUAGGGAAAAUACAUAACAAUUGUUUUUGUAAAAGGGAAAUUAAAGUGAAUUUUAUGAUGAUGGUGGUGGGGGUGUUGGUCGUGUGAUGCUGGUGGUGGUGGUUGAGGUGGUUAUGGGAAGAAUGGGAUGAAUAGGCCAGGGGCGAAUGGGAAUGGGGCGGUAAAUGGGGAGUGUGGAUGUUGUGGUGGUAACGGAGCAUCUUUCCCUUUUGCUGCGUAUUAGAAGUGUUAAUGCCUCUGUGAGGCACUCCCCAGAGAUUGGUAACCCCAGCUCGUGUCUGAUCCCUGACAAAACACAUUAAAUGAACAUACGUACAUCGCCAUUGAAACAUAGCCAACUCUUGUAGCGAAAAUACCGAACAAUUUUUUUUGUAAACGGCAAAUUAAAAUGAAUUUUACACACAUCAGAAAUAAAGUGAAACUGCUUCUAACAGUCCAGAAGAUGCUUAUUUGACAAUUUGUCGUUCUCAUUUUUACAAUAUUUAUAGUUUUACGCAUUUACAAGAUGUUUUUUUUUCACUAUUUACAAUAUUUACAAGGUCUGGGUACUUUUGUCCUGUUUUUCUGUUGUCUGCUGAGUAAACGUUGUUGUUGUUAAUGGACGUAACGGUGGUGGAAGUUCGAUAGGUAUGGCGAGUGAAUAAAGGUGGUGAAUGUGCGAAGGGCAUGGCAUUUGAAGCCUCAUUGUCAUUAAAUGAUGGCGGGGAUUUGUGUUGGAAGGAGUGAAUGAGAUCUGACCCGUGUGUGGUGUGGGGGGUGAGUAAUUGAAUCGUGAAACAUGUGAUAGCGAUGACAACGAUGAUGAUGAUGGUGGUUGUUUGGGUGUUGGUCGUGUGAUGCUGUUGGUGGUGGUUGAGGUGAUUAUGGGAAGGGUGAGAUGAAUAGGCCAGGGGUGAAUGGGAAUGGGGCGGCAAAUGGUGAGUGUGGAUGUUGUGGUGGUAACGGAAGAGUCUUUCUCUUUGCUGCGUUAUAGAACUGUUAAUGUUUCUGUGGGGCUCUCCCCAGGGAUUGGUUACCCCAGCUCGUCUCUGAUCCCUCGCUCGUUCAAGUGACUGUGUUGGAAUCGGGGGUUUAUCUUUGUAGUGAGUAACAUGCUUUGCAUAUAGUUUUGAUCCUUUCUUCCUGUGGAAUGUUGGUAUAUAGAUUUGUCACGUCCAUUGAAACAAUGAACGCGUGCUUUGGGACUUCUGUGCUUUCUAAGAAAUUAAUGAAGUCUGUAGAGUCUUUAAGAUAAGAAGCCUGUCUGUGUGCUAUAGGUUGCAACAGCCUUUCAAGAAAUGCUGAGAUUCUUUCUGUUGGUCCGUCACAACCUGAUAUUAUUGGCCUACCUACUGGUGUAGGCUUGUGACUUUUAGUUAGGGUGUAGAGUAUGGGAAUUCAUGCCGUACACUGUCCUUUCCCACUCAGUUCUCUUAGGGCUUCGGUGCAUUCACAACAGCGUUUUUUCCGUCCCACCCACCCUUUGUUCUGAGUGGAACCUUUGUUUAGCUCUUCAAUUAUUACUGACUUAUGUUCCCUAUAUAUUUCAAAUCAAAUCCAAAGACUUUAUAAUUGCACUUUGAAUUCCAUAAGGUAGCAUCAAGUAAUGCUCAUAUACCUCCGAAAGUAUAGCAAAAACAAAUGGAAUGUUAAUGAGAAAGGUAAUUAGAAUAAAGUAAUACUAUAUAUUAUGUACAAGUUUAGGAUAAUGUAGAAACAAGAAAAUUAUUAUAUACAUUGUGUCUACAGUAACUGGUGAUAAUUAAAACUAAUUACAAAGGAACAGCAUUUAUUACUUAAUGCUCUUAAUUUUUGGAUUUGAAAACAUGUAAUCAAUCAGCAGUUUAAGGUACCUCUGGGAACAUAUUCCAAUAUUAAUUUGCUGGCAGAGUAGCAGAGUAGCAGUACUUAGCACGACCAGAACGUAUUUUAAGCAGUCUUCAUUUUAUUCCCCUAUAUUUAUAUGUAUCCUUAAAACUAAUCAUUUAUAUUAUGGUGUUUAUAGAUCCUACGUUCUUCGGCAUCCCGGGGGGGGGGAUACUCCCAUAUAUGGGCUACAUAGGUACGUGCCACGGAAUAGGGUAUGGCUUUUGAGUUUCUGGGUCCUUAAAUAAGGUAUCUUUCAGUCUUGACUCCAGCUUUACUCAUUUGUGUCUGUGUCCUUGGUGUGGUCCUUAGAUAGGGUACCUUAAUUGUAUUAUGAAUACCGGAGGGUGAAAAUGCUUGCCUAAACGAACAGUCUUUUUAAAAACUUGAUGUAUUUAUUUAAGUAUUAACAAAAUGAUUUUGCAACAGAGGUUCAAUAGCCGUUAAGUGGGUAAAUACACGUAACGCCUCUUCAAGCUACAUUACUGAUUCAUUAAUACCAUGACUGUCGUUCGAUCAUUUAAUUAAUAGAACUCUCACAACAAAUCUUAGCUUAAUAAAAUAACGAGGAAGAAACAGUAUUGAAAGAUGUAUUAUGGUCAUGAUUGCAUAUUAUUAAACUAUAGGUUUAUUCCGUAUGAUUUUGUGCUUGAUGCUAUACAUCCAAUGUUACCGAGAGGAAAUAAAGUUUUCCUUUUCAUGCUAUUAAUGACAUUGUUUUUUCCUUGAAUAGGGUGUCAUUUUUUGGCUUUGGGCCUUAAAAAGGGUAUAUCAGUCUUCGCCUUUUUAGUCCUUAAAUAGGGUUAGAGUUCACGAACCUUCGCGGCACACCCCUAUCCAAAAUUCAUGGGAGUACCCCCGGGUUUGCGGUCCUUUAUGGAUAAAAAAAAAAUACUAAAGCGGUACAGUUUAUAAAGUGAACUUCAAAAACCGUAUCGCAUUUUUUCUUUGCCCAUCUGCUCUUCUAGGGAUCCCUCCUUUGUUAAAGGCGAGAGUUCGGUUGUACCUGACAGAACUAAAUGCUGUGUAACCUUUCCUUGUCACUUGAUAUUUGUAGACACAGUUGUCCUCACUCUGCAGCACCUGUUAGAAAAACGUUUUGACACCGUAAGAAAAAAAUACUGACAUGAGUGUUCUCGUUGUCCUUUGAUUUCUUGUUUACAGUUCCUGUCGGUCUCUUUUGCCGUUUGAGUGAUUUUUUGCUUUCAGCUAUUCUCCUUUCAUGGUACCUGAUUAGGGCGUUCACCACCUCUUGUUCUGUUGUUUUUCUUAUCCUUUUAAUGUCUGUUUUGAAGGCUUCAUCUGCCCUUUUGCGUGCUCGUGCUUUGUUAUAUUGUAAUGUCUUUGGGCAUGUUCCUCUUUGGGAAUGCCUAUUCAGGGCUUUUAGAGCCUCCUCUGAUUGUUCUAUUAUUCUUUCUUCCGACAGUGUUCCACUGUAGCGGCGUUUUCGGCUCUGAUUUCUUUUCUGGUCCUGUGGUUCGUAUUGUUUGUAAGAGGUGGUUCCGCGUCUGUUCUCCCUCUUGUCUUUCUUCUUUUUAGCGUCUUUUGGAGAUCUUUGGCUUGGUUUGGGGUCAGGUUCAGAAAGGUUGCUUUCUUCUUCGUCAUUUGUUUCGUCGACAGCAUUGACAUCUAUUUCGCCAAUGUCAAGAAGGUCAUCAUUGGAAGUUGUUGGUAUGGCAAGGAGGCCUUCUUCUGUUAGCAUUUUUUCUGACACUUUCGUUUGUCGUUCUAUCAGGAUGGUCAGGCAAGACCGCGGUUUCGAUCCUAUCUUAUGGAUCUCUUCAGUUGCCGAUUCUGGGGAACGAUAGAGAAGUCUCUCUAUUUGUUCAGCUAGAGGAGUUUCUUAGCCUCUUUUAUACUCGUUUGUAUUCUUCAGUAGUGUGAUUUGAUUGGCUGAUUUAUAGUUUGUUCUUAUUGGCUGUAUCAAGUUGCACCCCUUUGUUCGGGGGUAUCUGUUCUUUUUUAUGUGGCUCUAAAGUAUUGUUUACGGCACCUUUAUCGUUGUUCUUCUAGGACUUUGCAGUCCUGUCUUUACUGUUUUAAACGUUUGUUUUUCAUUUGGUGCCUCGUAAAUGUGCCCAUGAACAUGACAUCCAUAGGUUGUACUCGCACGUUGUGGAUCGGGGCCUGUCAGAUAAAGAUCACAUUGAAAUAUCAUAGGGGUUGACAAGCCUGACUCACGCUUUCCACCCACGUGUUUUAGCCUUUAAAUCUCAGAGUUUUGCUUUUACGACUAUAUCUUUCAGAGACCUUCCUCGUUUGUAUGAUAUAAUUGGAGGUUCUUUGUAGAUCUGUCUAAGAAGAGGUUGUUUCUCUAUCAGUUGCCAGUGUUUCAUAAGAAUGUUUAUAAGGCUGGGAACUGAUGGUUGAUACUGCGUGACAAAGGGCAAAAUGGUUUUUUCUCUUGAUAGUUUUUGUCGGAGUGCUUCUUUCCUGUUUUCAAAGUAAAGUAAAGGCAAAUUUAAAUGAAAUUUACACAAAUCAGAAAUAAAGUGAAAAAUGGUGCUAACAGAAGUGAAUAUGCUUAUUUUACAAUUUGCUCUUCUCAUUUUCAAUAUUUACACUGUCUUCUGUGUCAGUCUGAGUCUGAGUUGAAGUUGAUGUAGUGAAUGGAUGUGGUGGCGGCAUUGACAGUGGUGGAAUUUGGAUUGGUAUGGUGUGUGAAUAAUACUAAAUAGUGAAUAAUAUGUGAAGGGCAUAAUGUUUGGAACCUCUUGUUCAUGAUUUGAUGGCAACGAUUUGUGGAAGGAGUGAGUGAGAUGUGAGACCUGUUUGGUGUUGGGGGGUGAGUAAAUGAAUUGGAAAUGAAUUUCAGGGUUGUGGCAGUCGAUCAAGUUCAGCUGCUAUAAAUGAAAAUUCAAACGUACCCAACCCCUCUGUUGAUGGGUCAAGUAUAAUGACAAAUAUUUUCCUGGAUGAGACAAGUGAUUUGAGCGACUUGGAUGAUAACCUCCCCCCUGGACUUAUCAUGGCACGUACACCAUGAAGAAGGCAGUAUAAUGCAAUACGGUCAAACCUUCAUGUGUGACCAAAGGAUGUAUGUAUGUUUGUGUGUUUGUAUGCCUUUGUAGUUGAGGGCAUUGUUCAGAAAAGCAGGGAAGUAACAAUUCUCUUAAACAAGACUUCGACCUCCAGAACAACAGUUAAGUACAUUUGCUUAAUUUAUUUUUGAUCUCUUAAGUGCCAAGUCAGUCCAGGUGACACAUUGCACCUCUUGUCAACUGCCUAGUGUUCAAAAGGAAGCCUUACGAAUCUUACGAGAAAACUCCUUAAAAACCACAUUUAUCGAAAAUAUUUCAAAUUUCAGAAGACGCUUGAUUAACAGGCCUGAAAACAAGUAGUAUGAGCUAGUCGAGGGCGUUGCUUGAAAAAGCAAGGAGGUAACAAUUCUUUAAAGCAAGACUUCGACUUCCAGAACAACAGUGAAGUAUUUGUUCAUCAUUGCCUGAAUGCAGCAAAGCGUAAUGAAACAAAAGGUAAAUGGUUUUUUUAAUUCUCAACCACGGGUGCAUUUGUCAGCAGUGUGUUUUAAGUACUGGUAUGAGAUUAUGUGGAGAAAGUGUGAUAUGUAAAGUAGCAAGUAUAUAGUUCCUGAACACUAAACAAGUUUCAUUGAGGAUUUUUAACUCAAGUGGACAAUUACAUUUUGUUGUAUUUUAUAUUUUGAUUGAAAUCGUGAAAUCUAUUUCGUAGCAAUUUCAGUUUUGUUUUCCUCAUGAGUGACAGUUUAAGUGGUUUUGUUUAUUCAUUUACUUUGGGCGGAUCAAACGUACUUGUACUAGUACAAGGCACUGGAAGUGGACACUCUUGUAGUAGAAAAUGGCCUGAUUGAGGCAGAAAGUAACUUACUGGGAACACAGCAACCUCUUCCAGAAGUUAAUAGUAGUAGCUACUUAGAAGGUGACCUGCUUGCUAGAGCAAGAGCAGUUUGUUAUUAUUAUGAGUUUGCAAAGCCUGGUAUAGUGGAAACAGAUGAGAGGAGAAAAAGACAGCAGCGAAACCAAACGAGAAUAUCAGAGCAAGAGAAAAGAUUGCGUGGAGUUGUAGAACAUUUACCACAGAGUCAAAUCAACAAGAAAUGA